AUGGCAUCUUCUGAUAAAGUUGGUUACGUGAGACUAGGCAAUUCCGGCCUCAAGGUCUCUCAAAUAGUCCUCGGUUGCAUGACUUACGGUGACACCGCCUGGCAGCCAUGGUUGUUGGACGAGGCGAAGGCACUUCCUCUCAUCAAGUAUGCAUACGAUCGCGGUAUCAACACUUGGGAUGUUGCGGACACAUACUCGAAUGGUACCUCCGAAGAGAUUCUUCGCAAAGCAAUGACAAAGUAUGACAUUCCUCGUUCUCGCGUUGUGAUCAUGUCGAAAUGUUUCCACUACGUUGACGAAUCACGCGGGCCUUUGAGUGCAGGCACCUUUGGAAUCAACGACGGUGACCAGGUCAACCGCGUUGGCCUCUCCAGAAAACACAUUUUGGAUGCAGUCGACCGUAGCGUUGAACGGUUGGGCACGUACAUCGACGUUCUGCAGAUUCAUCGAUUGGACCGGGAGACUCCAAUGGAGGAGAUCAUGAAGGCACUGAAUGACGUCAUCGAAAGUGGCAAAGUGCGGUAUAUCGGUGCAAGCUCGAUGUCCGCAUGGGAAUUCCAGAUGCUACAAAGCAUAGCUGAAAAGCACGGCUGGCAUAAGUUUAUCUCUAUGCAAGGGUUCUACAACCUCCUAUACCGGGAGGAAGAGCGGGAAAUGUUCCCCUAUUGCCAGGCUACGAACGUUGGACUACUUCCUUGGUCGCCUCUCGCGGCUGGUGUCUUGGCUCAUUCCUGGACUGACCGCUCCGACAAGCGUGAAGAACAAGAUGUGUUCUUGAAGGCACUUUUCCGCAACGGGGAGGACCAGACUGCCAAGGUCAUUGUAGGCCGUGUUGAAAAAUUGGCGGCCCAAAAGGGGGUUAGCAUGGCGCAAGUGGCCACUGCUUGGGUGUUGUCUAAGCGUGGAACAGCCCCGAUCUUGGGUCUGGAUUCAGUGGAGCGGAUUGACCAGGCUGUGGAUGCCUUGAAAAUUUCCUUGACUGAAGCCGAAAUUAAGUAUCUCGAGGAACCAUAUGUGCCAAAGCAGGCUAUGACAUUCUGA